UUACAUAGUGGGGUCCACAACACGUUAGCACACUCACAUAGUGGGGACCGAAAACAUAGUGGGGACCAAAUCCCCGGUCCCCACAAUGUUUUGCUUUUAAUCGGCUCAGGAGGCGGUGCUGAUAUGACUAGUGCAGUUUUUUUCUUGAUCCCCUCCAUGAACAAAAACCGGAUUUCUGUGUGUGAGUGUGUGGGGCCGCGCUGCUCUACAGCGCCCCUGUAGCCAGGUCGCGGAACUGCACCUCUAUACACACAUGUGACGUAAUAUAUGAAGGUACACAUUUUUUAAACCGCUCAUGCCAAAGUCGCUUAAUUAAACGACAAAAACAACUUUAAACAGUGUCUGUCAACGGGGAAAGUACAUUCUUUCAGGUAAUUAACCUACUUGUAAAUAUUAUAUUACAUAAUUCAAUAAAUAUACAUCACAAAUUCGAAUUAUUUUUAAGAAUGUUUAUGUGAUGGAGUUUUUUAAUGAGAUUAAUUAAUUAACGUUAAAGUUUUUAUCAGAAUCAUAAUCUUUGAAUAAGGCGAAUGAAUUAUUGCUUAACUUAAAUUUAAUGCUGUUAUACAAUUUAAAGUGUUUACUUGUGCGUGUUACUGCGUAUUGUAAAGUGUUAUAAACUGCGGUGUGGCGGGAGAUUGUGAGACCGCGUGACCUCUCUCAAUUACUGGAACCCGAGGAGCGACGUGAGACGGCCUGUUGAAAUGAAACGGAGAAGAAUAAAACCGUUAAAAGAAGCGGAAGAUCAUGUUCUCCGUUGCAUCGACAAGACCGACGCACUGGAGGCCAAACACAUAAACGAUUAUAAAGGUCGUGGAGUCUUUGCCUUAAUUCCUUUUAUUAAAGGAGAUUUUGUUGUCGAAUAUAGGGGAGAAAUGAUUAGCUUAAUUGAAGCCGAACAAAGAAGAGAGGCCAAUCAAGACACUUUUUUUAUGUUUGACUUCAUCUGGCAGAACAAGAAAUGGAGCAUUGAUGCAACUCAUGAGGAUGGCACCCUUGGCCGCCUUAUAAAUGAUGAUCACAUAAACCCAAAUUGUACAAUGAAAAGGAUUAUCGUUGAGGGAAAACCCUGUUUGUGCCUAUUCGCUGCAAGAGAUAUCAUUCCUGGAGAGGAACUCACAUAUGACUAUGGAGGAAGUCACUGGCCUUGGAGAAAGCCUCCAUGCAAGGAUGAUGACAACAUGACAGCUAUAGAGAACUGCUCUGAGGAUUCUGUAACUACUGAAGGCAUUUCACGAUUCACAGCUGAGCCUCCAUGCAAGGAUGAUGACAACAUGACAGCAAUAGAUAACUGCUCUGAGGAUUCUGUAACUACUGAAGGCAUUUCACGAUUCACAGCUGAGCCUCCAUGCAAGGAUAAUGACAACAUGACAGCAAUAGAGAACUGCUCUGAGGAUUCUGUAACUACUGAAGGCACUUCACGAUUCACAGCUGAGCCUCCAUGCAAGGAUGAUGACAACAUGACAGCUAUAGAGAACUGCUCUGAGGAUUCUGUAACUACUGAAGGCACUUCACGAUUCACAGCUGAGCCUCCAUGCAAGGAUGAUGACAACAUGACAGCAAUAGAUAACUGCUCUGAGGAUUCUGUAACUACUGAAGGCACUUCACGAUUCACAGCUGAGCCUCCAUGCAAGGAUAAUGACAACAUGACAGCAAUAGAGAACUGCUCUGAGGAUUCUGUAAAUACUGAAGGCACUUCACGAUUCACAGCUGAGCCUCCAUGCAAGGAUGAUGACAACAUGACAGCAAUAGAGAACUGCUCUGAUGAUUCUGUAACUACUGAAGGCACUUCACGAUUCACAGCUAAGCCUCCAUGCAAGGAUGAUGACAACAUGACAGCAAUAGAGAACUGCUCUGAUGAUUCUGUAACUACUGAAGGCACUUCACGAUUCACAGCUAAGCCUCCAUGCAAGGAUGAUGACAACAUGACAGCUAUAGAGAACUGCUCUGAGGAUUCUGUAACUACUGAAGGCAUUUCACGAUUCACAGCUGAGCCUUUGGUUGAUUACUCGGACACCGAAGAUGAAGUUUUGUGUUCUAAAAUUAAGACAUCUUAUAAAAAGAGAUCUGUGAUUCAUGAUGAUUCGGAUGAUCUCUUUGAAAAUUCGAGUGUAAAUGGUAAAGAUGACCAAGACAUUCAACGUGACGUCAGACGGAAUCAUGCAUCAUUUGCAAUGAGUGAACAACAUUCCGCUUGUACCACAGCAUCCAAAAGAGCAAAAAACACAAGAGCUAGAGGGAAGAUCGCGGAGUACUCGGAUGUUUCGAGCGAAGAUGAGUUAUCUGUUAGUGAGGAAGAGUACAUUCCUGAUACAUCAGAGAGUUACACAUCAGAUAGUAGCAUGAGCUUUACUGCUUCACCAAAGGGUAAAGAAAAAAAGUUACAGACUUUGCCAGUCCGGAGCAGUUCAGCUGUGAACAGAAUCAAAAAGUUCAGUAUUCAAAGCAGCGGUGACUUAGGGAGCUCCCAGAACCACGACAUAGCCAAAGUUCCUGACACAUCUUCCAUUCUUGACAGCGCAACAUCAGUAGUUAUCCCAGCUGUAAUUAAAAAGAGAGGUGGAUUGAGAAUGUACAGCAAAAAACAACAGUGCUUUUUUUGUGAAGGUGCUUUUACAAAAAUUUCUAGACACCUGGAACGAAAGCAUAGAAAUGAGGUAGAGGUAGCAAAAGCGUUAAGUCAUCCAAAGGGCUCAAAAGAAAGGAGGAUGCAACUUGAGUAUCUACGUAACAAAGGGAACUUUGCUUACAAUAGUACUGUUAUUAAUACAGGUGCAGGACUGAUGAUUCCGCGGAAACUGCCCAAAAAGAACCUGGAGGGGGAAAGUUUUAUGCACUGCAUUUACUGCAAAGGACUCUUCUUAAAAAAAACUUUGUGGCGACAUGUCAAGGUUUGCAAAUUCAAGCCUGGUGAUGAGAAGCCGAAACCUGGAAAAACCCGUGUCCAGGUUCUUUGUGGCUUUGCACAACCUCCCCCACCAGGAGUAACUCAUGGUGUUUGGAAGCUGUUAAAUUCCAUGAACCAGGACCAAGUGGCACUUGAAACUAGAAAUGACUGGUGCAUUUUAGAGUUAGGAAAGCAUCUUUACAACAAGUAUGGAUCAAGAGUUAAAAUGCAUGAACACAUCCGCCAAAAGAUGAGGGAGCUUGGAAGACUCCUAAUAUGUGCAAGAGAGGUAUCCCCCCUUACAUCUAUUAAAGAGCUCAUUCAUCCCACAAACUUCAUGCAUACCAUCAAUGCAGUUAAAAGGGCUGCUGGCUACAAUGAAGAGACCAAUGUAUUUGAAAAGGCUAGUGUGGCUGUGAAACUUGGACAGAGUCUGAACAAAAUCGCAAUGCUCAUUGAGAGCCACUCUACUAUUAGAGGAGAUGAAAAGACAGGAAAAAUUGCGAACAGUUUUCAACAGCUUUAUAAGUCCAGAUGGCCCGAAUACAUUUCUACAACAGCCCGGCGAACACUGGAGGAAGCAAAAUGGAAUUCCCCACAAUUACUUCCAUUCACAGAAGAUGUUAAGCUCCUUCAUAUAUAUCUUGACGAGCAAGAGAAGACCCAUCGCAAACUCUUGUUAACACAGCCAUCAUCUCAGCACUGGGCAAAACUGGCCAAGAUCACGUUAACUCAGGUUAUGCUUUUCAAUCGUAGACGAGAAGGGGAAGUGUCACAAAUGCCAUUGUCUGCAUACAUCUCCAGCAACCAAUCGGAUGCUCAUCCAGAUAUUAGCAUGGCCCUCACAGAUUUAGAAAAUAAACUGUGUCAGUACUUCAAGCGUGUAGAAAUUAGAGGCAAAAGAGGCAGAAAGGUUCCCGUGCUUCUCACACCUUCCAUGCAAGAAUCAAUCAGCCUGCUUCUUGAAAAUCGGAAUACCUGUGGAAUUCCAAAUGAAAAUCCUUUUCUCUUUGCACGCCCGUAUGCAAUGACAUUUUUCAGAGGCUCUGAUUGCAUUCGCGAAUUUGCUGUUGCAUGUAGUGCAAAAAAUCCUCAGACUCUUACAUCAACAAAGUUGAGAAAACAGAUCGGGACACUUUCUGAAGUUCUUAAUCUUAGCAACACAGAGUUAGAUCAGUUGGCAGACUUUCUAGGCCAUGACAUUCGAGUUCAUCGUCAAUUUUACAGGUUACCUGAAGGCACCCUCCAACUGGCCAAAAUUAGUAAAAUUCUUCUGGCCCUCGAAAAAGGACGCUUGGCAGACUUUAAAGGGCGAAAUCUUAAUGAAAUCAACAUAGAUCCAGAAGAGGAAGUUACAGUGGACAGUGAUUUGGAGGAGUCCACUUCUAGUCCAAAAGAGUGCACCACAGUAUCAUCAUCACAGCACACGGUUUGUGAGAACGGCACACUUCCAGCAGACCCAGUCUCCAAAAAAAAGAGAGGUUACGUUAAGAAGACGGCCUGGAACAAACUUGAGAUACAGGCUGUGGAGAAGCAUAUGAUGAGGUUUAUUAACAAUCACAAAAUUCCAGGAAAGGCAGACUGCAUGAGGUGUAAAGAGGCGGAACCACUUGCACUUAAAAAUAGAGAGUGGUCUACACUUAAAUUUUACAUCAAAAAUCGAAUCUCCGCUCUAAACAGAAAAUAUCUGCCAAAUUAAUUGACACACUGUCAGACUGAAUUGUGCAUUGGUAGAAACAAGCUUUUAUAGUUUUAAAACAAGCUUCCAUAGUCAAAUGGUUAGCGCAAUAGACCAUCAGUUCCAUAUUAUUGUUUGGAAAUGUAGAUUGUUCUUUCGAAAAUUCAGGCAUUUUAAAUAACUUUUAGACUGGAGUCUUUUUUUUCAUCCUUGUCUGCUUCAAAUGUAGAAUUGUUUUUCUAUAAAUGCAGACAUGGUAGAUUUUCAUUCUAUUGUACUUGUUUUCAAAAACUUGAGAAUGCAGUGUUUGUCAUGAAGGGUUUUAUUAAUAUAUUUUUUUAAUUCAACUAGUGUUUACUGUGAACAUCUUUAUGAAAUAUUUCUGCAAAUUUUUGUGGACGACUGAAACUUAUGCUAAUGUUUCUGACCCUGACUGUUGACGUACUAAUGUUAUGAGUUUUGAAAAUGUAUGUCAUAUACUGUAUAACACUUUUUUUUUUUACUAAACCUUUAAAAGUACUAAGUUAAUUUUGUUUCUACAUCUAAAACAAACAUCUCCAAAAUCAAUUAAAGCAUGGAGCAGAUUGUAGCUCCUUUUCUGUCUAAAGUACGCAGAUUCUCUUUUGUGUGUGAGUCCAGUCCCCACAAUGACCAAAAACUGGUGUUGAGUGUGUGUUUAAAGUCCCCACAAUGACCAAAAACUGGUGUUGAGUGUGUUUAGAUAAGAUCCCCACAAUGACCAAAAACUGGUUUUGAGUGUGUGUUUAAAGUCCCCACAAUGACCAAAAACUGGUGUUGAGUGUGUUUAGAUACGAUCCCCACAAUGACCAAAAACUGGUUUUGAGUGUGUGUUUAAAGUCCCCACAAUGACCAAAAACUGGUGUUGAGUGUGUUUAGAUACGAUCCCCACAAUGACCAAAAACUGGUGUUGAGUGUGUGUUUAAAGUCCCCACAAUGACCAAAAACUGGUGUUGAGUGUGUUUAGAUACGAUCCCCACAAUGACCAAAAACUGGUGUUUAGUGUGUGAGUCCAGUCCCCACAAUGACCAAAAACUGGUUGUGUGUUAGCCGGACCCCAGAUAUACUCAAUACCUGAAAGGUCCCCACAAGUGACCACUGUGUCAGGUUUGUAAUUUUUAUAGUGAAAUAUUUGUAAUCUGCAGUGAUACUUUGAAACAGGCUUUUUAGCUUUUGUCAAAUAAUUUUUUUUAGGUCUGUAAGAUCAUAGGAAUGGGUGGUCCCCACUAUGUAGCAAUACUGACAGGUGACCCCCACA